AUGUCGGAGUACGACAAGGUUGUUGCUGGUUCUCUGCGAAUAAAGAGCGGGCAGGGCAUCAAAAAGAAGAAAGUGGCCGCCGAAUUUCCCGAAGCGACUACGGUCGCUGAUGAACCAGAAGGAAGUGAGCCAAACACUCAGAAGCCAAAGUUGAGCGAACGUAGCCACUUGACCAAAGCACAGAAAGAACUGGAGCGACGCAAAGACAAACGCAUGCUUGAAACAGUUUUAUCGAAAGCCGUAAAGUCUCACAAGCAGCGGAUCAUCGAGUUCAAUAACCAUCUGGAGACACUUACCGAACACUUCGAUAUCCAGAAAGUUUCAUGGACUAAAUGA